GGGCGAUGGCCUCGGAUCUCUGGAAUUCCCUCUUCUCGACUCCCCUCCCUGAACACCCCAUCCAACUCCUAUGGACAAACAUCCCAGCUCAAUUCCACAAGACAGAGAAAACGUGGUUCAAAAUGAUCGGAAAGGUAACGCUGUGGUCCAUCUGGAAGGAAAGGGGAAGCGCCAGCAACUGCUGAAUGAGAUCCGCACUCUUUGUGAAGCGCCAAGGGCGACAGGGCUGGUUGAGUUCUUUGGCGCGUUCUACACACCAGACAGCGGCCAGAUCAGCAUUGCGCUUGAGUACAUGGAUGGUGGGUCCUUAGCAGACAUCAUUCGGAACAAACGGUGCAUUCCGGAGCCCAUCCUUUCAUGCAUCACAUACAAAGUUCUGCAGGGACUGACAUUUCUUCACAAGGUGCGACACCUUGUGCAUCGGGAUAUAAAGCCCGCCAACUUGCUUAUAAACUUGGAAGGAGAGCCAAAGAUCACCGACUUCGGCAUCAGCGCGGGCUUGGACAACUCUAUUGCCAUGUGUGCAACCUUUGUUGGGACUGUCACGUACAUGUCGCCAGAGAGGAUCAACAACGAGCGCUACUCCUUCCCUGCGGAUGUUUGGAGUUUGGGUCUGUCAAUCUUGGAAUGUGCGACUGGCGAGUUCCCCUACAAUGCAGCGAAGGGGCCUGUCAGCCUGAUGCUACAGCUUCUUGAGCACCCUUUCGUGACCAAGUACAAGGAUCAGGACAUCGAUCUUGCAGCUUUUGUUCACAGUGUGUUCGAUCCUACAGAGCGCCUCAAGGACCUUUCAGAGAUGCUGACCACACAUUACUACACAUUGUUUGAUGGGCUGGACGAGAUGUUCCCCUACAUGGAGGGUUUAUAUCAGGAGGACUCUGUUCUCGGGAUGGGUGGUCAGCUGUACCACGGGAGCAGAGACAUCUUUGGCGCACUGUCAGAGCUCAGGAAGGUUCUUCAUUCCAACCAGAAGAUUGUCCACGUUGUCGAAAACAUGGAGUGUUGUGCGUAUGGCCAUCAUGGCGUGAUGAUCCGUCUGAGUGGGACUCUUGUGUUGGGGUCUCAGUUCGUUCCACCUGGUUCCGGGCCCGUCGGACAAACGCCACCCGCAUCUGCUUCCAGUCAAUCGCCGUGUACUCCCGGUGAUGAUGACGGCUUUGAGACGGGCAAUUACACAGGAGCCGCACAUGGAGUUACAGCGGCAAGCAGUGGAGCUGAACGUUCAGCGAUGACGCAGUUUGUGUUUGAUGAAGUCACUGCAUCAGUUGUGUUUUCAAAUUGGGCGAGGUUCGUUGUGAAGCCGACUACCAUAAUUGUAAACUAUUCUCCUUGUCCAAGAUACAUUGCCCUGCACGACAUCAGAAUCCUUGUCCAGAUACGCAUCUUCAUGACAUCUGUUCAGCUAUUGUCUCCGUCAUACAUUGCCCUGCAUAACAUCAGAAUCCUUGUCCAGAUACGCAUCUUCAUAACAUCUAUUCAGCUAUUGUCUCCGUCAUACAUUGCCUACAUAACAUCAGAAUCCUUGUCCAGAUACGCAACUUCAUAACAUCUAUUCCGCUUUUGUCUCCGUCAUACAUUGCCUGCAUAACAUCAGAAUCCUUGUCCAGAUAUGCAUCUUCAUAACAUCUAUUCAGCUAUUGUCUCUGUCAUAUAGUUAGUUUCAUGCAACCUGAAGCAGAUUCAUCGAUGGUACAUCAUAGGUAACAGUCACCAAAUCGGGAACAUGGCGCAGUCACAAGUGCAUGCCUUCAGUACAACAAAUGUUGGAAGUGUAUACGCCUUGAAUGACGCUACUGAGCUGUUGGUCGCUUUCAUCAGGGCGAAAGGCAAGCUGAUCAUUGUUCAUCCAGCUACCGUAAGGGGAAAUGCUGUCGAUCGGCUACUGCAGCCCUGGUUGUUGAGGUGUACGCAUACACCUCCAUCAGACAGGUGGGAUGUCUGUCGUUGUCGUCAGGACAUAAUGCCGCUGAUAAUUUGUUGUCCAGCUAUCGUGAAGGGAAAUGCUAUCCGUCCACUAAUUCAGCUGUGGUUGUCGAGGCGUAUUGCAGCUCGGCUGUCCGUCGCUUGGACGAGGGCACGGGUGGGCUGUCAUGAAGUCAAUUUACCAUUAUAGUGCUGUCUGUCUGUCGCUUCCGUCCAAGCGACAGACAGCCGAGCUGAGAAUGCGAUGGUGUGCUACAAUAAAGGGAAAUGCUGUCCAUCCGCAAAUUCAGCUGUGGUGGUUGACCUGCAUACGCCGUCAAUGACAGAGAUGAGCAGUCUGUCGCUUUCACGGGCGCGUGUCAUCCAGCUACCGCGAAGGGAAAUGCUGCUGUCCAUCCAGCUACGGGCAAAUAUCUUUCCACAGCGUACACAAUCCUUUCUUCGUUGUUCUUGUUUCAAGGCGUAUUACCUGCCAUCGGAAUUCUUUCCUCCGUGCUUGCACUUGUGUGUCACCUGAGUGGUUUGUCAUGCUCUGCAUAAUGCUUUGUACGUAUUAGCACCGUGUUGAUGAUAUCUACAUCCACUGAUUCAGGCUACUACUCUGGUUCUUGAGGUCUAUAUACGCCUCCAUGACAUACAUAGCUGGACUGUCUGCCGCUUUCAUCAGGGCAUAAGCAACGGAUAAUUGUCCUCUAGCUACCAUAUUAAAGGGAAACACAGUGUUUCCUCCGCUCCGCACCAGGCGGACUACGGCCCACAAGUUGACUUCCCCCGAUCUGUGUGUUUGUGGACAAUCAAUGCAGACACUGGUAGACACUGGUUGGUCGAAGUGAGCAGGGAACUCGAUGCAGACGCUAUGUUGUUCUGGUGUUGCGAAAACGGAUCCCAGGCUUUACUUAUGAUGAAGAGUGACAGUCAGCAGAAUGAUCUUAACCACAGGUUAAGCAUGUGAGUCAGUGUUGGUAAGGUACGGCAGGACACAGAGCUGGAUCAGCUUCCUCAUGAAGGACGUUAACAGUAUGUGUCAGCCAAUUAAGGACAACAAAAGGGACCUGAGUGCGCUUGCAUGAAAAUAACCACAGGUACGCAAUGGGGAGAAGCUGACUAGGGGUGCGCAAGAGAACAGGGAGCGAGUGCUAUUCCCACUACGGGAUUCACAGCAUCUAGGAACCUUGCAGAUGGACGGCUUCUGAGCCUUCGAGGGUGUUUUCCAAUGCUCGUUAUCUUGCAGCAUGAAAAAUUAGAGGUCGAUAUCCACAGUGCAAGGGGUGUAUUGUUGUCACACACAGGAAGGCAAUGCAUCCUGCUCAUGUGUGUAAAAAUGUGUGCUCGUGUGUGUGUAGGUGUGUGUGUGUGUAGGUGUGUGUGUGUGUGUGUGAGUGUGAGCAUGGCUUCUUGCACUGCAUGUGUGCAUAAUGUGAGCUGCUGAGCAAACUUUGUGUGUGAGUGUGUGAGUGUGUGAGUGUGUGAGUGUGUGAGUGUGUGAGUGUGUGAGUGUGUGAGUGUGAGCAUGGCUGCUUGCACUGCAUGUGUGCAUAAUGUGAGCUUCUGAGCAAACUUAGCAAAGGCAUACCCUGUAUGUGAAGAAUGGGUGGGACAGGUGAAGCCUAUCGUUGGCUGUGCGGGUGGGAAGAAAAAGCAGCUAGGGGUCAGAUUAAGCUGGGGAAGAGCAAGUGGUUGGAGGAAGAUUGUGAUAUGUACAAGAGAGGGGGGCAGAUCUGUGUGUGAAGAGCAAGUAGGGGAGAUCCUAGUUGUGGUGGUGAUGAGCCGGAGAAGAAUGGUGGCUGCAACUGAUGCGCGAGAUGCAAGAGUAAGGAGAUCCGAGUACAAGGGAGAUGUAACUGUAAAGGGGUUCAAUGGCGAAUUGUAUAAAUAUAUAUCCGCCACAAUGCGUGGAGAAUGUUAGUGAUGUUGGUGAUUUUACAGAUUCUAGAAGAGU